AUGGGCCUACAAAGAGCUUCAUCGGGGCCAUCUGAUGAUCGGAGAAAGUCAAUGGCAAAACUAUUGGAGAAGCUGCGCGAGCUCAGCGACGACUUGGCUAGCCAGCUGGAGAGGGCCCAGAUUCGGGGAGGCUUUAAUGUUGCUGUGAAGAUUACAUUGGCGACUUUCGAUGUAAUGACGAGGGCGCAUACGGUCGAUAAACUGACAAAUUCAGCUGAUGAUAUUUUUAUUACGGCAGAGAUUUUGAAAAAAGAGCUUGGCCCGGAGAUUCGAUUGCUUGGGGUCAGAUUAUCGAAACUUGAAUUUCUCGAUGAUGACACGCAGAAGAAAACCCGCAUAGAUCAAUAUUUGACGGCGAAGGAUCAGGCUGAGCCCGAGACAAGCAAGAAGCAGCGACAUGCCAGUGAUUCGGAAGAUCUCUUCAGUUCAGAUGGAGAUGAGAAGCCGGUUGCCCGAUGCAACAAGAUAUUACCGGUGGAUGAUGAGCGCGAGGUGAAUUCACACUUGGACGAGUGUCUCAACGCUGAUUUAAUUGGGUCGUUGAAGCCUGGGACUUCGUUAACUGCGAAACCAGUGGCAUCCACAAAAGCCACGAAACGGAAGCAGCCAGAGCGCAACACACAAAACCAGUCUGCCAAAAAAUCAAAAGCGCCGGCCGGCAAUAUUAAAAAAUUCCUGCGAAAUACAAAGGAA